ACUUAUCGCGUGGGCGUACUGUUCGGCCUCAUACGGCUUACCAGUGAAAUAUCGACGCCUUUCCUCAACCAACGGUGGUUCUUCAAGACAAUCGGCGGCGAUGGAGCCGAGUACCGCGUAGCCACAAUCACCCUCUUCUUCUUUUCCACCUUCUGCCUCGGUCGAUAUUUCCUUGCCCUCCCUUACUGGUAUGUCUUUGUGAGCCACUUCAAUACGCCACCUCACCGCCAAAUCGCUGCCGACCUGCCCCGGUCUGUGGGCUUCUUUAUCUGCCUACCGGCCAUGCUGGAUUGUCUCAAUAUUGUCUGGGGUAUCCCUGUCCUUGCCAUCACCAAGAAGGCCCUGCGAACUCUCCGCUUCCUACCGCCGGCUCAGAAGAAAGAGAAGGUAGAUGAUGAGCAGCAGUCGAACCAGCAGAACGGGACCGUCCUCGAAUCGGAUUCUGGCAGGGAAACACCUUACCAUGACUACAACCACUGUAACGGUACAUCAAACGGAACAGUUCCUCAUGCGUACACGAACGGACUAUGA